AAAUAACCUGACCCAAUCAGUGUGUGAGGAUUCAUAAAAACAGUAGCAUUUUGGACUCGUCUCUUAUUCCUCACUCUCACUCUACUCUCACUCUCUCUCCGAUCUCCGGCGAAGCCUCUGUUCUCCAUCUCCUAUUUCAGUUGCUGACUCUAUCGCUCAGCUAUAAGAUUUUCCGAAAGAUAUAUGGCCUUGCAGACAGCAAGUCCUCCUACUGCACCCAGCGCCCAAGUUGUUGGGAAUGCUUUUGUCGAGCAGUAUUAUCACAUUCUUCACCACUCUCCUGAGUUGGUAUUUAGAUUUUAUCAGGAUCCAAGUGUGAUAGGACGGCCUGACUCCAAUGGUGUAAUGACAUCAGCGACUACCAUGCAAGGUAUUGAUGAGAAGAUCCGUUCGAUGAAUUAUAAGGAGUAUAAGGCUGAGAUAAAAACUGCUGAUGCUCAAAAGUCUUAUGAAAAUGCGGUGAUUGUAUUAGUUACUGGAUGCUUGACUGGCAAGGAUAACUUGAAAAGGAAGUUUGCUCAAUCAUUUUUCCUCGCCCCACAGGACAGUGGGUACUUUGUCUUGAAUGAUGUCUUCAGGUACAUAGAUGAUGGAGACCUCUUGGUGAAUACUCCAGUUAAUAAAGUUGAUGAUGCCAAGGUCCCAUUAAACACUGAUCCUGAGUCAACUCAUGUUCCUGCCCCUCCUGCACCAGUUCCUGAAAUUGUUCAUGUGGAAGCAGCAGAUCAAAAUGUUAUUGAGAAAGCUCUUGAUGCAUCACACCAUGACAGACAAUUAAUUAUCGAGGAAGAAUCUGUUUUCGAACCCCCAUCUCAUUCACAUGAGAGUGAUAUACCUUUGGAGAUUGAAUCAGCUUCUACAACAGCCAUAGAUGAUGCUCCAAAAAAGUCUUAUGCAUCAAUUGUUAAAGUACCGAAAGGGAGUCCAGAACCGACUAGAGUUUAUGUGCCGGUGAAUGCAUUACCUUCUAUGAAAACAGUAAAUCAAUCUAUUGGGUCGGCAGUCCCAGACCCAGUGCCUGAAACAUCAGCCCCAAGUGGCACCAGUCCUCCAGAGAGUAGCAACGGCAAUGAAGAAGUCGAGGGCUACUCUAUUUACAUUAGAAAUCUGCCCUUAUCUGUUACGGAUGUUGAGCUUGAGAUGGAAUUCAAGAAAUUUGGACCAAUAAAGCAAGGAGGCGUACAAGUCAGAAAUAAUAAGCAACAAGGUUACUGCUUCGGCUUUGUUGAAUUUCAGUCUUUAAGCUCCAUGAAUAGUGCAAUUCAGGCUUCACCAAUCAAUGUCGGAGGACGACAAGCUGUUGUUGAAAUAAAAAGAACCACUACUCGAGUUGGUGGUAAUGGAAGAGGCAGCAGGUUCCCUCCAGGAAGGGGUGGAUUCCGGAGCGACAGCUUUAGGAGUCGUGGAAAUUAUGGUGGUGGUCGGAGCUUUGGUAGAAAUGAGUCUACUAGCAGCAGGGGUGAGCACUCUGGUCGAGGUAGGGGUUCAGGCGGGCGUGGAGGAGAUGGUUAUUAUCAUGGUAGGGGAAGAAGCAGCCGUGCGAGCGGACCAAAACACAAUACUGUAGCAGGCUUAGCAUGAAUUUUUUAAUUUUAUUGUCGAACUGGCUAUUUAGUAGUAGUAGCAUUAGUAGUAGCAUUAUUAGUAGUAGUAGUAUUAGUAGUAGAAUUAGUAGUAGUAGUAGUAGAAUUAGUUGGAGUAAUAUUAGUAGUAGUAAUAUAUUUUUUUUUAUAUAUGGAAGUGUGCCUCCAAACCAGGAGGUCAAUAUAGUAGUAAUAAUAUUAUUAUUAUUAUUAUUUGUAGUAGUAGUAUUAGUAACAUUGAAUUGAAGAGGCACUGUUUUUGCUGUAGUUUUCACUUUUUCCAUUUUUAUUUAGUAAAGAAAGUUUUUCCUA